AUGCCUCGUCGCAGGGAUGACGACGACGACGACAUUGACGCCGACGAGGAAGAGUACGAGGACGAUAUGGAACAGCCCCUCGACGACGACGACGACGAAGAGGAAGAUCGGUCGAGUAGGAAGCGGAGGAGAUCAGAUUUCAUAGACGAUGUUGCGGAGGAGGAUGAGGAUGAGGAGGAAGAAGAGGAUGACGAGGAUGAGGUUUAUGGUGGCGGUGGUCGGAGGGGGCGUGGUGCUAAGAGGCCCAACGAUGGUGCUAAGUUUUUGGACAUUGAGGCUGAGGUCGAUAGCGACGACGAUGAAGAGGAGGACGACGCAGAGGACGACUUCAUAGUUGAUAGUGCAGCUGAUAUACCUGAUGAAGAUGAAAGUAGAAGGAUGCAUCGCCGCCCAUUGUUACCACGAGAGGAUGAACAGGAGGAUGUUGAAGCACUUGAAAGAAGAAUUCAAGCUAGAUAUGCAAGGUCAAAUCACAUGGAAUAUGACGAGGAGACAACAGAAGUUGAGCAGCAAGCUCUCUUACCUUCUGUAAGGGAUCCAAAAUUGUGGAUGGUUAAAUGUGCGAUUGGUCGUGAACGAGAGGCUGCUGUUUGUCUAAUGCAAAAAUGCCUUGAUAGAGGGCCAGAAAUGCAAAUAAGAUCUGCAAUUGCUCUUGAUCAUUUGAAGAACUAUAUAUAUAUUGAAGCUGACAAAGAAGCCCAUGUUAGGGAGGCUUGUAAAGGUCUACGCAACAUCUAUUCACAAAAAGUAAUGCUUGUUCCAAUUAAAGAAAUGACUGAUGUUCUCUCUGUUGAAAGCAAAGCAAUUGAUCUUUCCAGAGAUACUUGGGUCAGGAUGAAGAUUGGGACAUAUAAGGGGGAUCUUGCCAAGGUGGUGGAUGUUGAUAAUGUGCGGCAGAGGGUUACCGUGAAACUGAUUCCACGGAUAGACCUACAGGCUCUUGCAAAUAAAUUGGAAGGUAGAGAAGUUGGUAAGAAGAAGGCCUUUGUUCCUCCACCACGUUUUAUGAAUAUUGAUGAAGCUAGAGAGUUGCAUAUCCGUGUAGAGCGUAGACGCGAUCCCAUUACUGGAGAAUACUUUGAAAAUAUAGGUGGCAUGUUUUUCAAAGAUGGUUUCUUGUAUAAAACAGUGUCCAUGAAGUCAAUAAGUGCCCAAAACAUAAAGCCGACUUUUGAUGAACUUGAAAAAUUUCGGAAGCCUGGAGAGAAUGGGGAUGGGGAUAUUGCUAGUUUGUCUACCUUGUUUGCAAACCGAAAGAAAGGGCACUUUAUGAAGGGUGAUGCUGUCAUUGUUGUUAAGGGGGAUCUCAAGAAUUUGAAAGGAUGGGUUGAGAAAGUAGAGGAAGAGAAUGUCCACAUCAGACCAGAAAUGAAGGGCCUUCCCAAAACUCUUGCUGUGAAUGAAAGAGAACUUUGCAAGUACUUUGAACCAGGGAAUCACGUAAAGGUUGUAUCGGGCUCUCAGGAGGGGGCUACUGGUAUGGUCGUAAAGGUGGAGCAGCAUGUGCUUAUUAUACUAUCUGAUACAACCAAGGAACAUAUCCGGGUAUUUGCUGAUGAUGUUGUUGAGAGCUCUGAGGUAACAACUGGUGUGACGAGAAUUGGGGAUUAUGAACUCCAUGAUCUUGUGUUAUUAGAUAAUAUGAGCUUUGGGGUAAUUAUACGUGUAGAAAGUGAGGCUUUUCAGGUUCUUAAGGGUAUUCCUGACAGACCUGAGGUUGAUAUUGUAAAGUUGAGGGAAAUAAAGAGUAAGAUUGACAAGAAAAUCAGUGUUCAAGAUCGUUUCAAUAACACAGUUUCCUCCAAAGAUGUAGUGAGGAUUCUUGAAGGUCCUUGUAAGGGAAAACAAGGUCCAGUGGAGCACAUAUACAGAGGAGUCCUGUUCAUUUAUGAUCGCCAUCACUUGGAACAUGCAGGCUUUAUAUGUGCUAAAUCACAGUCUUGUGUUGUGGUGGGGGGAUCCCGAACUAAUGGAAAUAGAAACGGUAAUUCCUACUCUAGGUUUGCUGGCCUUGGGGCUCCACCUCGUCUUCCUCAGUCACCUAAGAGAUUUCCCAGAGGAGGUCCCCCCAAUGAUUCUGGGGGAAGACAUAGAGGUGGAAGAGGGCAUCACGAUGGAUUGGUUGGUUCAACCGUGAAAGUACGGCAGGGUCCUUAUAAAGGUUACCGUGGGCGUGUGGUUGAAUUAAAAGGCCAAAUGGUUAGAGUGGAGCUUGAGUCUCAAAUGAAAGUUGUUACAGUCGACCGCAAUUUUAUCUCAGAUAAUGUAGCUGUUUCAACCCCCUAUCGAGAUGCAUCUAGAUAUGGUAUGGGAAGUGAAACUCCCAUGCAUCCUUCUCGAACUCCCCUACAUCCAUACAUGACCCCAAUGAGAGAUAGUGGAGCAACACCAUUUCUUGAUGGCAUGAGAACACCUAUGCGAGAUCGAGCAUGGAAUCCAUAUGCACCUAUGAGCCCAUCAAGGGAUAAUAGUUGGGAGGAAGGGAACCCUGCAACUUGGGGAGCGAGUCCACAACCACAAUACCAGCCAGGAAGCCCUCCUUCACGAACUUAUGAAGCUCCAACUCCCGGUUCUGGUUGGGCCAACACUCCUGGUGGCAGUUACAGUGAUGCUGGAACCCCCCGGGACAGUGGUUCAGCCUAUGCAAAUGCUCCGAGCCCAUACUUGCCUUCAACUCCCGGUGGACAGCCCAUGACACCAAAUUCAGCAUCCUAUCUUCCUGGCACCCCUGGUGGGCAGCCAAUGACACCGGGCACAGGUGGUUUGGACAUGAUGUCUCCUGUUAUAGGUGGUGAUACCGAAGGACCAUGGUUCAUGCCAGACAUAUUGGUCAACGUCCGGAGGUCAGGAGAUGAUUCCAUGGCGGUGGGAGUAAUCCGUGAGGUGCUUCCGGAUGGCGCAUGUAGGGUGGGUCUUGGGUCAAGUGGAAAUGGUGAAAUGAUAACAGCCCCUCCUGGCGACAUCGAGGUCAUUACUCCUAGGAAGUCAGACAAGAUCAAGAUAAUGGGCGGUGCACUGCGUGGUUCCACCGGAAAGUUGAUCGGUGUAGAUGGCACCGAUGGCAUUGUGAAGGUAGACGACACUCUGGAUGUUAAGAUUUUGGAUUUAGUUAUUCUUGCAAAGUUAGCCCAGCCAUAAUUUUAUCGGCAAUAAAUGAGAAUCAUAUUGUAUACUACUAGUGUAACCUUUUUUCUACAAUUAUAAAGGAAUUCCUUUUCAUGUGUAA